GCCUACACGAUGUGUUGCGUUGGUUGGCUGCUGAACGAGGAGGAUAUGGCUGAAACGAAGACGGAGAGGGAGGCCGAGUCGCCCAUGAAGAGCAGAGGCCUGUCGAGGUGCCCCAGGAUUAUGGUGGAGAAGAGCCUCAGGGCCGCGGAAGCAGUCGAGCAAGCUCGGGACGACGACAACGGAGUCGUCCGCGUCAAGAUCGUCGUCACCAAGAGGCAGCUGAGGCAGAUGGUGGCGUCGAUGGGCCAAGGCCCGUGCAACGCCGCCGGUCCCCAGGCCGCAACGGCGGUGGCGGCGGCGUCGAACCUGGAGCUGCUGCUGCACGUCCUCCGUCGACGGCAUAUGAAGCGAGCCGAGACGGGGAAGGGGAAGCGGCACGGCGGCGGGCGGUGGCGGCCGGCGCUCAAGAGCAUUCCUGAGGACAUCAUUCAAGACUAAUCGAAAGCCCUUCCUCGUCUUGUUCGUGCGCUUGAUCUAUACAUGUAUAGCUGUUUGAUUUCUGCCGCUUUCUUUAGCUUUACGGCCCAGCGGCGGCCAUUCUGACCAUUGCUGUUGCGCGUUUACUUCAUGUAAAAGAAGAUUACAAGCAAGUUUUGAAUAUUUUACUAAUACAUCAUAAAGAAAGAAAGAAAGAAAGAACAUAAAAGGAUCAUUGGAUCGGGAGGAACAUAAUGAGUGCGUACAUAAGACAGACAAGAAAUAUCGCGGAUGGAUGUCUGAUAGAGUUGACCGUCAACAGGAAGGGGACAGCGUGCAGACGGAGGUGAGAUGCGAGAAAUUCUUGGGCGGAUCCAUCACAUCGAUUAUCGGAUCCUUUCAAUCAAAAUAUAGAAAGUCAACCAUCUCUGAUCUUUUCUUUUGAAUUUUUCAAGGUUUUUGGACUUUAUUAAAUUCAGAGAAAUUUGUUUUUUUUAAUUAUUAUUUUUUAUUACUACUAAACGUAUUUUCUUGAAUAAUUUCUUCUGUAGGUAAACAUAUCGAAAUCAUCAUCAUCAUCAUACGUUAUAUACACAGAGAGAGAGAGAGAGAGAGAGAGAGAGAGAGAGAGCAAUGUUACUCCAUGUGUGUAUAUAACCUAUGGGAUAU